GCAACGGAUUUUCUUUUUCUAUGGGUUUAUUACUUGAUUUUGGUUAGCAGAAUAGUUUUCUAUUGUUAAGUUAACUAGGAAUGAUGCCAUAUAGAGGCUUUAUGCUGGAUACGGUUGUGGAUAGCCAUGCUGAAAGUACAUUGCGGAAAGCGGGCGGAAGCGACGGCAGGCUGGAAAAGGAGGCCGAAGAGAAGCGAAGUGGGAGCCCCUCUCUCUGGCGACUCCUGUGGCAACCCGGAUGGCAUCCCAGAGGGGGGUCGACAGUCAUUCCCAAUAAACUUUCCGAUUUCUCUUCAAAUAUGGGAGAGUCAAGCGAUGGCAAUGGAGAAGGUCAUGGGUGCGAAGGUGGACCAACUGAUGAAGGAUGACAUCGUCCACGACGGAUAGAUGGCGCUCUACGCUGUCCAACCGAACUGUUCGUAGAAGAGGCCGUUAUGAAAAAAAGACGGGCGAACAAGAUGUUAUGUACUAUAAUGAUAUAAAAGAAGAUGACAUCUGUAUAAUUUCAUGUUCCUGUUUCAUCUAGUGUGUUAUUAUCAUUUUAAAGGCUUCUGUGAAAUGAGUUCUACAAAAUGGGAUUCCAUACGUAAUGAAAUCUGUUAUCACGCUUUACCAUCUCAUGUAGUCAUCUGUAAAUUUUGCCGUCUUUCACCUGCGGAAAAAUUUAAAUACUGCUUGCUCACAGAAAUUCUACUGCUAAUAAUUACACCUGUCUUUCGAUACCAUAUUGGAAUAGAGGAAUUUUAUUUUAUCAAUUAAUGUUUGGAAGAAAUCUGGCUUAUAGGAUAUUCCAGUAAGAAGAGGAGUCUGUUUACUUGCAUUUUGUUUUUAGAAUGUAAAAAAUACUUAUAUAGUCAAAGAAGAAAAAAUGUAAAUUUCCGAUAUCAUUCAUUUUAUGUGCUUACAUGCCGUACAUAACUACAUCAAAGUAGUUCAUCAUCUAUAUAUUGCAUUUAUUCUAAAUGAGCAAAAAUUACACAAUACUUUACUGCAAUGAUUUGCAGCAGACGUUCUUGUGAUGUAGCGGAUAUGCGUUGUAUGUAUAAUAGUUUCUUUGACGAGGGAAAAAAGUUGCAAUGAUCGGAUUUUGUUGACCUGUGAGGGUAACACCACAGUACAUAAUGUUUCGCAGCACUUAACCAAUCAACCAACAAGAAAUAAUUACGUUCAAAUAGUAUGCUGAAUGAUCCCUUUAGAAUAUUCUUUUAUCUUUUCUUUGUUAAGGGAUGCAUAACCUUAUUUUGUAUCGUAAGAAAUAACAGUAUUGUAAGGAAAUCAUAAAUCUUCUUUUCGACCACCGUAUCUUCCUUUAACAUCCCCUCCUUAAGCAGACAGUCCUUGGGUACUUUCUCUUUUUCUAAUAUUUUAACCUUUAUGCAAUUCGCAUUUUCUGUAAUUUUUCACUCUUAUUGUCGGUUAAAAAAACUGUUUAUUUUAUGAAAAC